GGAGUGUUUCUGCGGGUUUCCGUCUGCUGGUAAGGGUGAGUCGGACUAUCCGGUGGCCAUCAGUUCAGGUAAAGUAUUAUUAGACGAUAUCGUUGGAAAAAUAUCACCGGCGGCUUGGGCAACAUCUUCAGGAGCAGCAACUUUCGAUUUUCAGAACAAAAACUACCGAUGA